AUGGCUGCCAACACCAAGUACCAAAAGGCGCCAACUCACGACCCCGAUGCCGACGAGCACGGUCUCUACUCCCAAGCGCCCCCCGCCUACCAGGCUGAGAGCAGCGCCGCUCAGGAUGAGGCUCGUCUCUUCGGCGGCGGUGCGCCGCGCGCCAGUCAGGAUGAGGACGGCGACCUGCCCGACGACUUCAAGUUUGGGGGCUCCGUCGCCGAGGCCACCAUCGACAUCCGCAUGCAGUUUAUCCGCAAGGUCUACGCCAUCCUGACUGUCCAGCUCAUCGUCACCGGCGCCGUCUCGGCCCUGAGCUUCUUCAGCGAGGGCUACAAGUCCUGGAUUCAGUCCCACCCCGGCGUCGUCUGGAUUUCCCUCUUCGGCUCCAUCGCCUUCAUGCUCCUCACCUUCUGGAAGCGCAAGUCGUAUCCAACGAACCUCCUCUUCCUCUCGGGCUUCACCCUCCUCGAAGCCUACACCGUCUCCGUCAUCGUCUCGUUCUACAAGGCCCCCAUCGUCCUCAACGCCGUCGUUCUGACGGCCGGCAUCUUCGUCUUCCUCACCCUCUUCGCCUGCCAGACCAAAUACGACUUUACCUCGUGGGCCCCCUACCUCUUCGGCUCCCUCUGGGCCCUCCUCCUCUUCGGCCUCAUGGCCGCCUUCCUGCCCUACAACUCGACCGCCGAGCUCGUCUACGGCGGCGCCGCCGCUCUCAUCUUCAGCGCGUAUAUCCUCGUCGACACCCAGCUCAUCAUGCGCAAGCACCACGUGGAGGAGGAGAUUGCCGCCGCCAUCAGCCUGUACUUGGACAUUCUCAACCUCUUCCUCGCCAUCCUGCGCAUUCUCAACAGCCAGCAGAACAACUAA